AUGUCGCUGGUGCCGUUUGCACAACACCCCGAUGCGCCAGUUAUUUUCAUAGGCGACACUAAGCAAUUCGGUCCCGUAUCCGUCACUUCCACAGACAGGACGUAUAAGGCUCUAUUCGAAGUACAGCGCGGCUGCAGCUUGCUGAAAAGAGUUCAAGCACGAGGAGCUUUAUACGUAUCCGAUAUAAAGACGGUGAAUAAGAAGAACGGCUACUCGUCCAUGAUCUAUCGAUGGGUUAUCGAUAAAUAUCAGAGAAGCCAUCGACAAACCGCUGAACCUGCGACAAAUAUGAUCUUCGUCGACGUUGUCGAUGGACAGGAGAGGAAGCAGAACGCAUCCUACGUGAAUCCGACCAACGCUCGCUUCGUUACCGAACUGGUGUCCCGCCUGGUGGCAUCAGCACCCAUGUUCUCCGCCGAAUCCUACAUGGAUGACCGGUUCGACGUUGAACGAUACAAGAGCAAAAAGGGCAAGGACAAAGCCCAAGACCGUGAAGACCGUGAGGAGCGCAUUUAG